AAUGGCUAUAAGAGAAAAUAAUCUGUUGUUGAAGCAAGCUGCAAGGAGAGCUUUUUCACCACUUGAUCCUUUUAUAAGAGAUAUUGUAGAAAAAAAUUGUAUAAUUUCUAGGUCAGGGCUUAUAAAUCAACAUCAGAAAUUGGAUGCGAUCUUAGAAGAAAUCAAUAAGAUCUUAAAAACACUGAUACCACCUACACCACAACUACGUCACUGGAAAGUUGCUGCAAGAAAUUAUGAAAGUGUUCAAAAAAAAUAUAGUAGACUAAAAUCUAAAAGGCGUGAUGAAUUAUUGACCAUAUUAGAAGAG